UCGUUCCCUUCCCGAUACUAAUGAUACAUUUAAACGCACAUUAGAUAUCCACUCGAAAUCCAACAGUCGCAUGUUUGAACAACGUUCUUUUUUACGUUUAGUACUUUAACAACUUUUGGCUUAAGCACUAGCAAAACGAAACCAUGGCACUGCUGCUCCCAGCAUACCUUAACGAAUCUCUGAUCCAAACGGCACUUGAGUCAGGACUUGACUAUCCUCGCCGAACGCGCGUCCAGCUUCUGCAGUGUCGCUUCCGGUGUGCCACGACCGUGGGCGAUAACUACCUGAGUGAUGUUUUCAGGGCUUGGGUACGAUUUAGAAGGUUGGACGAUCAGGACCGCGAUGAGGACAUUUCGCUGAUAGUAAAGUGUAUGCCGGCCGAUGGCCAUCGUGGAUCGGUUAUAGAAGAGCUUAACGUGUUCGAGAAGGAAGUUCUGAUGUUCCGCGAUGUGGUCCCGCAGCUGUCGGAAGUUGUCGGGGGAGAGCAGUUUGCUGCUAAACUAUAUUACGCCACCGAGGAUCCAAUCCGGAUGAUCGUCUUUCAGGAUCUAAACGCAAUAAACUACACAAUGACCAAUCGUACCAACGGCGGACUUGAUUUGAACCAUUGUUUGCUUAUAAUGCGCAAGAUUGCAAAAUUUCACGCUGCCUCAAUGAUCAUGGCGAGCAAAAGUCCGACAAAGUGUAAAGAAUUCGAGCAGGACUUUGGGUACGGUUUCUUGAAUCCAAAGGUCUCGCGAGAGAACAACACAGUUAUGGGGAUAUUCACCCAAGGGCUCAGUACGUUGAUUGAGUGCGCCAGUACGUGGACCAAUCUCGAUCCCGUCAUAGUGAAGAAGCUUAGGGCGUUGAAACCAGUCUACAAGGAGCGAUUGGAGAAAUCGUUGAACCAACAAUGUCUCGAUGGGUUUAAGGUGAUGAACCAUGGCGAUUUGUGGAGCAACAACAUGCUGUUCAAAUACUGUCCGGACGGGACACCGCAGGACGUUAUAUUCGUCGAUUACCAGCUGAGUUGCUACACGAGUCCUGGCGUAGAUCUGAACUACUCGUUGAUAAACUGCCCAACGUUCGAGGUGCGUGAAAAGCAUCGCGAUGAUCUGAUUGCAGAGUAUCACAAAAACCUCACGGCCGUAUUGAAGGACGCUGGCUACGAAAAGAUCCCAUCACUGGCUGAUGUUAAGAAGGAAAUUCAAAGAAUGAACUUUUACAGCUUCUUCGCGGCCGUGGCCAUCCUUCCGAUAGUAACGAUGGAGAGCAUCGAGUUGGGCUUGGACGUUGGCCUCGAUGCGCUGGCGGACGAGAAGAAAGCCGAGCAGCUGCGCUUGCACCAGUACAACGGUGACCGGUACCGGCGCUCGAUAGUGGUGCUACUGCAGCGAUUCAAUCGGGAGGGCUUGUUGGAUUAAAACACGUGAUUGCAUAGAUAUAGGUAUCUUAUCUAUAUGGGAGAUACAAUUAUCAUUUAGUUGAUAGCUCGUUCGUAGUGGGUAUUAUGCGUCUAUUAAAACGAACCCCAUCCAAAGCGCUUGGUCAUCUACACACAUGAAGCGACAGAUUAGCAUUGAUAUAUAUCUUGACAGGAGGAAAUCAACUGCUGGUGAUAGUGACUUGCACAUGAGUAAAUUACAUUUCUAGCCAAAGCUCUAGCUCAGGUUAAGGCAAAGUCACGUUUGCUUAUCUUAUCGUUGUGGGAAACAAAGGAAAACUGGAAGGUAGGUUGAAUCUGUUAUAUUUGCAUAAAAAUGCACAAUAAAUAUAAAAAAGUCUUCAAAAAAAUUGUUUAUUAUUUGU